AUGUCCUUCGCCGGCGUCCGCUGCAUCUCCGACCGCAUCCUCGUGUCCGUGACCAAGCAGGAGGACACGACGGUGUCGGGCAUCGCCCUCGCGCCGGGCGCCGCCGAGCAGGCGAAGACGUCGACGGGCAAGGUCGUCAAGAUGGGCGAGGGCCGCGUCGCGGCGAACGGCGAAAUCCUGCCCAACCCCGUGAGCGUCGGCGAGUACGUCAAGUUCCGCGACUUCGCCGGCUCCGACGUCAAGCUCGACGGCGACGACUACGUCAUCUGCCGCAUGUCCGACUGCCUCGCCAAGUGGUCCGAGUAG